CCAGGUAGCUAAGUCGCCUCCUUUGAACCCUUUCGCGAAUGGGGAGAAGACUGGGAAGCCAGGUCCCCCUCGGCAGAAUGAUGUCCCCCAAGGUGCAAAUGUCAGAAAACCGACCCAGGCGUCUACUUCUCUGCCUUCGUUUGGUGAACCGAAAAUCUAGAAAGCAGAUGAGCGUGCCAAAGUCAUGCAGGAUGGAUUUUCGGUCCUUACUCGACAGGGUGCUGCGACACAGGCUACUGGAAACGGACAGGCGACUAAGCAACCUACAUCUCAGCCUUCGUCGAGUGCUCUAGGAACUCAAGAGGUUAGGAAAGCAGAGGUGGUACCUCAAAUGAGGGACUCGACUGUACCUCGACAAAUUGCUUCACUUCAGCCUACGGCAGCCAAGCAGAUUGUUCAGCCACCUGUUGCACCAUCUGCUUCUCCUGCUUCGACUGUGCACGGGAAGGGCCCAGUGGCUACUAAGAACCCAGGAGCACUUCGAGAGAAUACUGCGCCUCACACCGCGCCGGCCAAACAGGAUGAUAAGCCCAAAUUCCCGCAGGCAUCAUCAGGUGUUCUAAAGCAGGUAGAGCGCCUCGCAAAUGAUAUUCUUGUUGUGGUCGCUUCUGCUCAGAAAUCUCCCGAAAAGCAGCCCCCGUCCAAUUCUCAGGAGACGAAGGUCCCUGGGGACGCAACCCCGCGAACGGCGCUCACUGGGGUUUCGUCACCAGAAGAUCCAAAGGGCAUUGUCAACGCUGGUCUUGCACCUCAUUCUACAGCUCUUCAGUCUGGUUCUGCCUCAAAUGUCCCGGAUAACAUGAGCAUCAUCAAGGGCGCCAUUGAUAGUCCCAAGAAUAGUUCUCAGCAGGGCCUCAAAGAUGCAAAAAGCCCCGAUGGUACAGGAAACCCCGAUGGUACAGACCAUCCCGAUGAUGUUGCUAGAAAAAGGGGUGGCCAAGAGCAACAUAAGGAUGAUAGCAACAAACGUACCAAGCUUGGAGAUGUUGGUGAAAACAAGCCAUAUUCCCUUUCCAGCCUCCAUGGAUCAACCACGACCAAGUAUGUGGAAGGAAUGUGCUCAGUCUGUAGAGAGCCUGUGCCUGUGCACAAGUUGCUAUCAACCUGCAAAAUGCCGGAUGAAAAGGACAGCCACAAAUAUUGUCGCGACUGUCUAGAAGAGUGGUUCAAGUCCUCGAUCGCUGAUCAUGAAAUCUUUCCCCCGCGUUGUUGCUCCAAAACCAUCUUGCCCUCCGAUUGCGAGAAAUAUCUCACGGCAGAGACUUGGGUUCGCUUUUUAGAAAAGAAGACCGAAAUGGAAACACCAAAUAGGGCCUACUGCUCAAAUGCUGCCUGCGCAAAAUGGGUAGUCCCUGCAGACAUCGCCUCAGAUGUUGCAAGGUGCCGACAUUGUCAUCAGAAGACUUGCACAACAUGCAAAACGAAACAACAUCAGGGACUGUGUCCAGAAGAUGUCAACGUAAAAUCUCUGAUGGAAGUGGCCAAGGUCAAGAAGUGGAAGACAUGCCCACGCUGCAGCAACAUGAUAGAACUUGAUGUUGGCUGUUUUCACAUCACAUGCCGUUGUCGCCAUGAAUUCUGUUACACGUGCUUGGCGAAGUGGAGGACCUGCAAAUGCCCACUUUGGACCGAGGAAAAUAUCGUCAAUCAGCCUAUACCUCGCCCACCUCCGCACCAACAUCAAUACGAGCGUGUGUUUCGUGAUCGAGGUGAUACCACCUGCGAUACGUGCAAUGAUGUGCUGGCCUAUAUCUUUAGAUGCACGGGCUGUCACUUCAAGGUGUGCCGCCGCUGUCAAGGAUGAGGUUGAUCAACUUCUUCGACUGAAGGCAACAGACAGUCUAUAGGGGUCAGAAAAUUGUGACAUUAGAACAUCAAGGGCGUUCCUUGUUGGUCGGAUUGCCAGCGUGUGGAGACUAGCAACACGCAACUCAUGGAUGGUUUAUGGGCAAGCUAAAAGGAUUAACGGAGUAAAUCGCUGAAGAGUCCUUCAUAUGAUCAAAGGGGGUGUCGGUCGCAGUAAGGAAUACAUCCUGUAACUAAAGCC